CGGCUCCGUGGGCGCUGGCCCCGCCUUGGUGGGCUCGAUUGGCGGCCCAGCUGCCCCUGCCGUCCCUGUCCCCGUCCCCGUGGUGGCAGCGCGAGGUAAACAGCCAUGUGCAACCCUCCACUCUAUAUUUAACAGCUGCCGCGGAGAAGGCAGCGAGGCAGGCGAGGGCGGCUCUCGGGGCGACUCUCGUCCUCGGAGAGAAGGCCCCUGGAGCCGGGCUGUGCGAGGUCACCAUGCCAGCUUCCCAGAGCCGGGCCCGCGCCCGGGACCGCAACAACGUCCUCAACCGGGCCGAGUUCCUGUCCCUGAACCAGCCCCCCAAGGGGACCUCGGAGCCCCGCAGCUCUGGCAGGAAGGCCUCAGGCCCCUCGACGCAGCCCCCACCCACGAGCGACGGGACCCGAGAGCGAGAGCGGCGCCAAUCCCAGCAGCUGCCCGAGGAGGACUGCAUGCAGCUGAACCCCUCCUUCAAGGGCAUCGCCUUCAACUCCCUGCUGGCCAUUGACAUCUGCAUGUCCAAGCGGCUGGGGGUGUGCGCCGGCCGGGCGGCGUCCUGGGCCAGCGCCCGCUCCAUGGUCAAGCUCAUCGGCAUCACAGGCCACGGAGUCCCCUGGAUCGGGGGCACCAUCCUCUGCCUGGCCAAGAGCAGCACGCUGGCCGGCCAGGAGGUGCUCAUGAACCUGCUCCUGGCCCUGCUCCUGGACAUCAUGACGGUGGCCGGCGUGCAGAAGCUCAUCAAGCGGCGCGGCCCCUACGAGACGAGCCCCAGCCUCCUGGACUACCUCACCAUGGACGUCUACGCCUUCCCCGCCGGCCACGCCAGCCGCGCGGCCAUGGUGUCCAAGUUCUUCCUCAGCCACCUGGUGCUGGCGGUGCCCCUGCGCGUCCUGCUGGUGCUCUGGGCCCUGUGCGUGGGCCUGUCACGCGUGAUGAUCGGCCGCCACCACAUCACGGACGUCAUCUCGGGCUUCGCCAUCGGCUACCUCCAGUUCCGCCUGGUGGAGCUGGUCUGGAUGUCCUCUAACACCUGCCAGAUGCUCAUCUCCGCCUGGUGAGGCCGGGCCCAGGGCAGGGCCAGAUGCUCACCUCCGCCUGGUGAGGUGGCGGGCGGAGUGAGUGGCUGCCCCGAGAAUCCUCUUGGUCAGGGGCCGCCUGCCCAGGGAUGAGCACGCUGGGUACCGCCAGGCCUCCCGCUCCUUGGCUUGGACGGAGUCUCCACUCAAGGCGGGCCGGGCCGAGACCCACCCCCGGGCACAGCCCUGCUUUGCUUCUGCUUGGACAGGACAGGCGAGGACAGAUGGUGGGAGGGCCCGAGCUGGCUCGGCUUGGUCGUCCUGCCCUUGGUCGUCCUGCCUCGAGAUCUUGGCUGUGCCCCUGACGGCACGCUGCUCGGCAAAGUACCCCAGCCACCGCCCAGCCAGGGGCCGUUGCCAUGACGGCCAUCGAGGCUUAGGGCAGCACUUUCUGAGGCGUGACCACGGGACACCAGCCUGCGAGACGCUUCGAGGAGAAGGGUUUUGUGGCCCAGCGCGGUCGGGAGC